AUGGCCGACGGCGGGAGCCUCCACAAUGUACCCCUGGUCCUCGACAAUGGCAGCGGUACAAUUCGAGCCGGCUUCGCUGGGACAGACCUCCCUGCUGCCUACUUUCCAUCAUACGUCGGCAGGCCGAAACAUACCAGAGUUCUAGCGGGUGCGUUAGAGGGAGAAGUGUUUAUUGGACCGCGAGCGCAAGAGUUGCGAGGCCUGCUCAAGGUCAAAUACCCGCUUGAACAUGGCGUUGUCACCGAUUGGGACGAUAUGGAGCGGAUCUGGACCUACGUCUACGAACAUGAGCUCAAAACGCUGAGCGAAGAACAUCCCGUCCUCCUUACCGAACCUCCUCAGAACCCACGCACGAACAGAGAAAUGGCGGCUCAGAUCCUCUUUGAACAGUUCAACGUACCGGCCAUCUACAUGUCCAUACAGGCUGUCCUCAGUCUGUACGCCAGCGGUCGCACAACAGGUAUCGUUCUCGAUAGCGGUGACGGAGUCACACACGCCGUACCCGUCUACGAAGGUUUUGCAAUCAACAACAGUGUCCGAAGAAUCGACGUGGCCGGUCGCGAUGUCACCGAGCAGAUGCAGCUGCUGCUUCGCAAAAGCGGCCAUGUAUUUCACACCAGCGCUGAGAAGGAAAUCGUUCGGAUCAUGAAGGAGAAGACAUCAUAUGUGUCGCUUGACCCGCGCAAGGAAGAGAAAGAGUGGUCUCAAGGUCUGUGGAAGGCCGACAAACGGGAAGCGCUAUAUGAGCUACCAGACGGCCAGAAGAUCAAGAUCGGCGCCGAGCGGUUCAGGGCGCCGGAGAUUCUGUUCGACCCAGAGCUGAUCGGCCUUGAGUAUCCAGGCGUUCAUCAGAUGCUCGUAGAUUCCAUUAGCCGGGUCGACAUGGAUCUCCGCAAGAAUCUGUUUGCGAAUAUCGUCAUGAGCGGCGGCACAACGUUGACCAAGGGAUUUGGUGAUCGUUUGUUGACGGAAUUGCAGCGACAGGCGGUCAAGGAUACACACAUCAAGAUCUUUGCGCCACCGGAACGCAAGUACAGCACGUGGAUUGGAGGCAGCAUCUUGGCCGGAUUGAGCACCUUCAGAAAGAUGUGGGUCAGCAUCGACGACUGGCACGAGAACCCAGACAUCAUCCAUAGCAAAUUUACGUGA